AUGCCGUCCCCCUUUGCAAAGUCAGCCCGGAAACCCACCCACUUAAGUACUCCGGGGACCCAUUGUGAUGUAUCUGGGUCUCUCAUGGCAACGAGGAUGUACAACAGUCGUAAUUGUGACCGGUUGGUCUUCCUCCACUCUUGGUUACAAGAAACGGUCAUCGUGGAACGAUGGUGGAAAGUUCCACUGAGCAAGGUCGGCAGGCAGCCUCGCAUCAAGCAUCGCCGGUUCAAGGUCUUCCGCCUGGUGGAGGACACCAAACACAGCCAGAAGCAGCCGAUGGAGCUCAUCCUCACGGAUUCGGUGGAGGGUUUGGGUGCCCGCGGCGACGUCGUUUUGGUGGACAAGUCCUACGGUCGCAACAGGCUCCUGGCCAACAACCUGGCCGUUUACCCAUCUCCCGAAAACAAGAAGAUGUUUGAGGAGGAAAUGAAGCUACUUCAGGACGGGACGGUGGGAAAAUCCCAGACGCUUAGUGGCAUAAAGACGGUACGUUUCCUGCAGAGCUGCCACCUAGAGGUGGGGAUGAAGAACAACAAGGAGUGGGAACUGACCCCUGCGAUUGUCGCCCGCCAUUUCCUCAAAAACCUCAGGGUCGCGAUGCCACCGUACGCCGUGAAGCUGCCGGACGAGCCCAUUACCCAGUUUGGCGAAUACUGGUGUGAAGUCACGGUCAACGGUCUCGACACCGUCCGGGUCCCCAUGUCGGUGGUGAACUUCAUGCUGCCCAAGACGAGGCGGUAUAAGCACUGGCUGGCCAAGCAAGAGGCCUUGCAAGCGUCCCCCACCACACCGUGACACCGGAUGUCCUCCGUGGCCCCAAGGAGGAUUAUGGGUGGGGAAACUCUCGAGCGCAGAAGCGGUCUGCUCCAGGCCGUCUGUUUUCACAGCUCGUAGAGUGGAGCCCGUCGUCUCCAGGAGUCCCGGAAACAAACCCGGAACGUUUGUAGAGGCUUCGAGUGUGGUGGGAGUGGACGGGGAGGGGGGGGGCGUGAGACUCUCUUCAAUCCAGCUUUCCUCUCUCUGCCAAGAGGAUCUUCUCUCUCGGGUGGGACUGUCAAGGCAGCGCUCCGGGUAAGACCAUUAAACCAGUUCAUGCCUUUCCCAGAGAACAGAAGUCCGGGCCAGUUGUGAAGAAUAAUAAAAAUAUUUCUGC